GUACACGUGGCAGUCCACUUACCACGUCUGAUAAAAGUAAUGGGUAGGCGCGUGGCCUUGGGAACAGUUGAAAACAAAAUCGCCACUAGCCGCAUAAAUCGCCAAAAAUUAAACCCAAUCGCCACUAUAUUCAGACCUCAACUGUCCACUCAGCCUACUCAAAUUUUCGUCGUCUUCCUCGUGAGAAUUCUCUAGAACCCUAAUUUCUUCAAAUUCUUUCACCCAAAAUUCAGCGAAAAUGAAGAUUGUCGGAGCUAAUGUUCAUUUCCAGAAAUUAGAAGCCAAAUGUUCUUCACCGGUGUUCUAUCAAACUUAUUUGGAGAUGAUUGAUGCACAGGAACUCUCCGAAUUCCUUCAUCUGGAAAUCGGCUUCAAGUAUGAAGAAGUUCUUGAAUUUUACAAGAACGGGAAGAUCUCAACGAUUCAAUCCAAGAAGAACCCAGAGAGGACAAUUCAAUUAAUUAAGUCCACUGUUGGAGGCACCAAGACGUAUGAUGCCAGAUAUUGGCUCCACUAUUUGUCUUCCAAAGGAGAAACCAAAACAAGCUCUACUGCAGAAGAUGAAGGCUCUUUAGACAAUGUCCUAAUUGUGAGUUUGAAGAAGUCCUCAAAAAGGAAGCGAGUGGUUUCUCCCUCUCCUAGUCAUGAAGAACCACACACUCUUGCCCUAGUUAAUUUGGAUGAAGAAGAAGAAGUUCCUGCCCAGGGAGAACUUCAGAAGAAGAAGAAAAGAAGAAUCUCCUCUCCCACUACAUCUGGAAAUGCAAAUCCGGAUGACUUGGUGGAAAAGGAAUCACUUGAGGAAGCCUCUACACACAACCAGUGUGCUCAACAACUUGAUGAAGAUGAACAAAUCCCUCAAGACCAGAUUUUUCCAUCUCCUCCAUCACAAGCUCAAACUAAUGAUGAAGUGAGCAAAUUCAUACAGCUUUACUAUGAUUGGAGAGCUUGGAAAGUUGGAAACUCUGCAGAUCAGUUGAAAACCUAUGAAGAUCUGCAUCUGGAAUACUUGGCCACCUCUCCAACUUCAGAGUUUGAAGCUGAUGAUGAGGACCCGGCUGUCUACAAACCAAUCCUCUCAAAGCCAACUGAAGAUCAGACUGCACUCACUACUGAAGCACAGGAGAAUGCAGCUACUCCCCAGCAAGAACAGAUUCAAACAGCAUCUAAAGAAGAGCUUCUACAAUCCCUCCAACUUCAAGUCCAAGAGAUCCUCACAACAACUUGUGAGAUCUCCAGUCAGAUUAGACCUGAAAUUCCGGAGAAAUCAUCAGAAGAUUUGGAGAAGUCCACUCCUCCAGAAACAACAACAAAUGAAGCGCAAGAAGAACCAGCCGUUGAAGUCCAAAGAAGCUUUGAAGAAGCUGAAAGAGAAGCUCAAAUAGCUAGGCUGGAGGUCUCUGAAACUCCAGUGGCUAUCUUUGAGCAGCCAAUUGAAGAUGAAGUCAAUGAUUCCCUCUCUAGGGAUAUCUCAAAUUGUGGAAAUAAAGAAACAGAGGAAGAGUCAGUGAAGACCCUGAAGAUUAAUGAAGAAGAAGCUGAGCAAAGAGAUGAUGCUGAAUCUCUCUCUCUGCAACUCUUCCACAAAGCACCUUUUUCAAAUCAGGUAACAAACUUUCACUUUCACAGCUCUUCAGCAACCACACCUCCGGAUGAGAUACCGGAAGCCUGGACAAGGAAGGUCCAAGGGUUGAUUGAGUCAGCCCUGAAGUCUCAACAUGCCUCUUUUAGGCAAGAGAUAGAGCAGAUGGAAACAAGGCACAACAAAUUGAUGGAAAAAUCUGAAGAAAAGCUCUUCAGACACUUUGGCACCUUCACUGGGAAACACAAGUUGGAAGUGAUUGUUCAACCCAGAAGUCCAUCUCAAAUUCCGAAGUUUCCGAUUGAAGUUAAACAAGGAGAACUCUCAUACAUUCCAUCACACCUAAACAUGACGGAGCUGAUACUUGAAGCCCAGCAGAGCAAUCCAGAGAACUCAAUCCAACAUCUGUCAAACACUGAGUUUGAUGGAACAGAAGCUGUAGGAACCAUUGCCUCCAACUUCACAAAUGAUGCCCAGACAAAAGAGAGAUAUAACAAUCUCAAACGCAUCCAAGAAGAGUGUGGAGUCAUGCAAGGCAUUGGUGAAGUUGCCGGAUCAUCCAUGCGCAAGAAGAACUUCAUUAAUGUCUGUCGUUUCCUUCGCAACCCUCUUUCUCUUCGUCUCUUUGAUCACAUGUUCGAUGUCCGGCCCGGGUCCAAGGAAACCCUUGGAUUUGUGAUUGUGUCUUCUCACCAAGGCCGGGCAUUCCUCUCUGGUCUUCCUCCUUCCAACAGGGGUUGGAAGGAUAAGUACGUUUCUAUCAAAUUCCCCCUGGGCGCAUUUCCUUUUGGCCAAAAUGCCUGGGGGAAAAGAAUGAGACUCCAAGUCAAACCCCUGGAGACCGAUGACCUGGCCGCCUGGGAAACCACUCUCUGGGCCGGGGACGCCUCCACCUGCGGUCCUAACAAUCCGGCCCAAUCUCACCAGGGCACCAGCCAGCCCAUCCACUCUGGGGAGCUCUACAUCAACGUAGACACCAUGGCGUUUGACACGCUGAUGAUGGUGACCAGCCAUACAUCGGAGGCCAGUCAGGGUGCCCAGGAAGCUGAGGGAGGCCACGGCGAAGAGGAGGCUGCCGAGGCGGCCCUCCAAAGGAAGAGGCGGAGGACUCAGGUUGUAGAUCAACCUACCCAGGUCUCGAACAAUGAGGCUGAAUACAAGGCACUUCUCUGUGGCUUGAGGCUGGCAGCAUCUCUAAAAGUUGAGCGGAUCCAGGUUAGAUGCGACUCGAAAUUGAUAGUGGGUCAUGUCACAGGGGAAUUUGAAGCAAAGGAUGAGCGGAUGAAGAAAUAUAGGGACACCGCGCUGGAAUUACUUAAGGCAUUCGGGGCAUACCGGAUAGAGCAGAGUUGGGGCAUAAAACAUAGAUAUUCUGCAGUCAGGUACCCACAAACCAAUGGGCAAGUCGAGAAUACUAAUCGCACCAUUGUGGAUGGCUUGAAAAAGAAGAUAAUGGAGUGCAAAAAUGCGUGGGUAGAAGAGUUGCCUUACAUCCUAUGGACUUAUAGGACCACCCCGAGGAAGGCCAUGGGGGAAACGCCAUUCACGCUCACAUAUGGGUUCGAGGCAAGGGCUCUAGCUGAAACCUCAUUACUAAGUCAUAGAGUGGAGACGUUUGAUGCACAAGAGAACGAAGAAAGCUUAAGAGCGGAGUUACAUCUCAUAGACGAGCGAAGAGAAAGGGCCUACAUCCGGGCAGAGAACUACCGUCAGCAGGGGACUCGUGAAGAGCAUGGCGACGCCGAGAGAGCAAAAAGGCCCCAGGAACGGCUAAGUCAAGGGAAGCAGGAGGUUUUUCCCAACUAAAGGUUGAGGAGACCUGAAUGCUUAAAAUAAGGUGCAAAAGACAACUUGAAAAGAAGAUGAGACUUGUAAGUUGACAGUACGGAGUUUUCAAUAUUGCGGAAGCUUAACAAUCAUAAUCACAAACAUAAUUUAUUUAUGUUCUUUAAUUCAAAACCAUCACAUCCAUUCCGACAAUCUCGCCUCCGUCUGCCUCCAGGAUCACGUCACUUCAUUAACCUGCGUGUAGCAAAUAAAACAUACUACACGCUCAGCGUUGAAGCUGAGUAAGCAUAUCUAAUGCAUCGAACAUCCAUAUAAACUGAAUCUAAAUUC